AUGGAGUGGCUGCCCGCGGGUGACCGCCUGACGGGGCGCGCGGAGCUCGAGUUUCCCGGCGGCCGGGACGCGAGGCUCCAGGAGGCUGAGCGGGAACCGGCCUGUGCAGCGGUCGCAGCUCCACUCCGGCAGGGACCGGCGGAGCGGCCGCGGGGCUGCGGCGGCGACUCGUGGGAGGGCGAGGAGGAGCCCGAGCCCGGCGGCCGCACAAGCCGCACGGCGUCCCUGGUGAGCGGGCUGCUCACGGAGCUGUACAGUUGCACCGAAGAGGAGGAGGCGGCGGGCGUGGGCGCGGGACCCGGGACCCGCCGGCCGCGCCGCGACAGCCUCGACAGCUCCACCGAGGCCUCGGGCUCCGACGUGUUUCUGGGAGCCCGCGGAGGCGCCGGAGACUCCCGUGCGCUGCAGGAGCUGCAGGAGCGACCGAGCCAGCAGCACCAGAUGCGGUACCUGCGCCAGAAAGACACUAAUGAGCUGAAGAUAAUCCUCCAAGAGCUCAAGCACAGAGUCGGGGAGCAGUCGGCCAGGUUGCUUCGGCAGCUGAAGCAGAGAGACAGGCUUCUACACAAGGUGCAGCGGGACUGUGACGUUGUGACUGCUUGCCUGCAGGCUGUGUCCCAAAAGAGAAGUGAGUGCCACACGGGUCGUGCCACGUGGGUCGUGCCACGUGGUCGUGCCAUGCGGGCCAUGCUGCUGAGCACCAUUAACUGUGUUUUUGAAUACAGAUGAAGCAUUUCAGAUGGGUGAGGAUGUAGUGCCUAGAAUGUUUGGAGUUUUAGAGCAAUCUGGAUGUGGGAUUUUCCAAGCCAGGAUGUUUAACUGGUAAAAAUCUAUGCAAAGAUUUCCAGAAGUAAAGAUGUUAAGAUCAGCAGCACU